GGGGUUUCCCUCAGGCGUUGCAGCACGCGGCCGGCUCUGGAGGGCGUCAACAAGCCCGUCGUAGACCGCAUCAUCCGGGUGGACCACGCGGGGGAGUACGGGGCAAACCGCAUUUAUGCGGGGCAAAUGGCCGUCUUGGGUCGGUCAAGUGUGGGACCGAUUAUCCAGCAAAUGUGGAAUCAAGAAAAAGACCACCUGAAAAAGUUCAAUGAACUAAUGGUUGCAUACCGAGUUCGGCCUACUGUUUUACUGCCUUUUUGGAACGUAGCAGGUUUUGUUUUAGGGGCUGGAAGUGCUUUACUCGGAAAGAAAGGUGCAAUGGCUUGCACAGUGGCUGUGGAAGAGAGUAUAUCGGAUCACUACAAUAGCCAGAUCCGAACUCUUGUGGAAGAAGAUCCAGAAAAGUACAAAGAACUGUUGCAGAUAAUAAAGCAGUUUCGAGAUGAUGAACGGGAGCACCAUGACAUUGGGCUUGAGCACGAUGCCGAAGCACCAGCUUACUCAGUUUUGAAGACAGCUAUACAGCUUGGAUGCAAAGCUGCGAUAUUUUUAUCGGAAAGAAUUUAGUGAUAUUUUCCGUAAUGUUUGUGGCAAUAAACUGUGACACAAAAG